UCUUAUCGAACUCUAGGCGCUCUUUUCUCGCUCACGAAGCUUGUAGAAUCUUUACUGCGGCAGCGGCACUGCGUGUAUCUGGUGCGCGCACCGUUUCAUUCCCUUUGAAUUAGCAUACUGCUUAUAGUUCAUAAAUUCAUGGAUCGAUGGUGUGGAGUUUUAAAGGUUCCAUUGUGCUCUGACAGCAGCAAGUAUUAUAGAGUUGCAGCAUCUCUGUGCCUUUCACGCAGUUCCAGAACCUUAGCCGUGCCUUCUGCAAAUGCAGUCUUUUUCAAUGGAGAUCGUGUUGAAGGGACUGGGAAUCCAGUGAUUGAGAGGCUGUCGGAUCUACAGAAAAUAGCUGGAAUUCUGGUUCAAAAAUUUGGAGGUUCUAUCAACGCAUGGGUCAUUGAGGCUUCUGUUUUUAAUGGGCCUUUUGCUGUCUAUGAAGAUUUUAUUCCAUCUGUGAAUCAACGGGGAGAGCCAAAAUCAUAUAGCCCACUUGGAUUCCCAGCUUCUAGGUCGACUGUCACACUUUUGUCAAAUUGCCUUAAAGAGGUAAAGAAAGCAAUUUCAAGGAAACAGGAAGAACAACAGCCAGCCAGCGCAUCUGCAUCACGUCUCUCUCAACCCAAAACAUUCAUCCUUGGAUUUAGCAAGGGCGGCACUGUAAUUAAUCAGCUAGUUACUGAGCUUAGCUUCUCAGAUGUCAGACUCACUGGAAAUGCACCCUGCACUGAAGAACAGUCGAGAAGUGGUCAGCAUUCCAGUUUUUCAGAAGAGAGUAAAAUCAUACCUAAUACAGAGGAAAGCCUUUUAAACAGCAUCACUGAGAUCCAUUACUUGGAUGUUGGUUUAAAUUCUUCUGGUGCAUAUCUAACCGACCAUGAAGCGAUUGAGAGAAUCUCCAACCGCCUCAUACAAAGAGCUGAGGGAAUUCGAUUUAUUGUUCAUGGAACUCCUAGGCAAUGGUGUGACAGUAGGCGAGUCUGGAUUCGCAACGAAAAGGACCAAUUAGUUCAUAUGCUUGAAUCCCAAGCUCAGAGGAGUGGAGGAAAAUUAGAGGUUCUUUUUUUGGAUACCAUAGUGGUGCUUUGCUCAAGCAGCUUGAUUCAUCCAGUUACAGUGCUCUUUCUCCUGCUGCGGCUUCAAAGCUCAAGUGUUGCUAUAGUCGGUGUUUUAAUAGGCUAAUCUUCCUUUGGUUUGUUGCUUCAAACCACCAUUCAUGGCGGCUUGGUUCUUGGCCAAGAUGCCAAGCUUCAAAUGGGUCAGGCCAAUCGUUUAACCCAUUCUCAAUUUGUAUUGGAGUAUUUGUUGUGUUGCUCUACUUUCUUUCAUGUUGUGUAACUUGCUGUAAUUUUUCCCUUCCCCAUCUCCCUUUUUAAAUGCCAAAAAAAGCCAAAAACAGAGUGUUUUAAUGGCAAGUGGAGCAUCCAUGAACAUCUUGUAUAGGGUAAAUCGAAAGUUUGAAACCUCACUUGUAUGGGUACCUUUGUCUCCCCUCCUUGUAACCCAAACAUGGGAGAAGCUUCAGCAGCUCUAUUAGCCAUCUUCACUGCUCAUGACCUUAAAAUUAUCAAGGUCAUUCUCAAUACUCUAAAAUUCAAGCGAGAGA